CAUUACAAUAGGAAAGUGACGUCAUCGUCACUGCUGCUAGCAGAAUAUUAGUACGGAUAUGAAAUCGUGUGUCUCUUUUUAAUCCUUCUUCAAAACGACAAUCUGACAAAGUUUCUGUCGCUAUUGGGGCUUGUCCGGACGGGACAGUGAAGUCAGGUUCGGCCCGGGGGAGCCGUGUAGAGGCUUGGUAAUAUGGGCCUGUUGGCUAGAGUACGGAAAGAAUGGUUUAUUAUCGGUAUAGUGGCAGCAAUCGUGUCUGCGAAACUACAGCCUGCAGUUGGACUGAAAGGAGGUCCACUGAGACCAGAGUUCACAAUCACCUAUGUUGCGGUGUCAGCCAUUUUCUUCAACAGCGGCCUUUCAUUAAAAAACAAGGAGUUGACCAGUGCCCUCCUCCAUGUGAAGCUGCGGUUUGUCCAGUCUUUCACCCUGGUCUUCUUCCGUGCCAUGUGGCUCUGUAUCAAACUACUGGCUCUUACCUCAAUCAACACUUGGCUACUCCGAGGGUUACAGACUGUGGGAUGUAUGCCCCCAGUCUCCUCUGCUGUCAUACUCACCAAAGCUGUGGGGGGGAACGAGGCUGCCGCCAUCUUUAACUCUGCCUUCGGAAGCUUCCUGGGAAUACUAGUGACACCACUGCUACUGCUACUGUUUGUAAGUAUUUUGUACACGACACAAAGUAUUCUAUAUAACCCCUUUCUUUGGCACCUUUUUUUUGUGUUUAGGAUUCAAAUUGAUUUAAAUUGUUGACCAAAACAAUGACAA